AUGGCCACAGAUCGCAGUCAGGAAGCGGAUAGGCAUUGUUUGACCUGCUGGCGAAAACCUCUGAACUUCUACCGGGUACUGUUAAGUGGCGCAGAAAACCAAACGCAACCCGAUGUCUGUGCUGUUUUGUGUCAACAUUUUUGGUUUCAGGAGGAAAAUUUAUACGACGAUAUAAUCUGUAAAGUGUGCUGGGAAAAAGUUAGUGAAUUUCACCAGUUCUACCUGGAGGUUGAGAAGCACCAUCAGGAGACUCCAAAACCGAUCAAACAAGAGAUUGAAAAAACUGAAGCUCCAAGCCAGGAUGCUUUUACUGCUGAGCAGGAUAAUGAUGACACAUUACUGCCAGUAGAUAUCGUUAAAACGGAGUUUCCCCAAGAAGGACCUGUCAGUGAAUGGAAUGUGCAAUCCGAGGUUGAAACAUCCGAAUCGGAUGCGAACCACUCGGAAUACGAACCAGAACCUGAUGUACCGGAACCGCGCAAAAAGCGAAAAUACACUCGCCGAUCCCCCAAUACAAAAGCCAAGGAGAAGGCAAAAAAAGAACCAUAUCCGUAUGUACCGAAGACGCCAGAAGAACGAGAAUCAGAAGAUCGCUUCAUUCGACAGCACACGCGCUACGUGUGCGAAGAUUGUAAUGUGGAAUUUGAACAAUUCCAUGUCUUUCAACGGCAUAGUUUACAGACCCAUGGAAAGGAAGGAUUCAUCACCUGCUGCGGUAUUCGACAUCGGAAGCGAUCGGUGCUACUGCAACACGUUCAGCAUGCUUUGAACCCAGAGGCGUUCAAGUGUGAACUGUGUGGCAAAACGUACAAAAACCGUUUCGGAUACAAUCGACACAAAAAGGAGAGCCACGCGACGGAAGAGGAACGGACCUUCAAAUGCCAUCGCUGUCCGAAGUCGUUCGUCAAGCAAGGUGCCCUAAAGCGGCACCUUGACGAUCACGAAACGCUCGAUAACGGAACGGCCAAGUGCGAAACGUGCGGCAAAUGCUUCAGUAACGUUAACAUCCUGAAGAACCACGUCAAGUACCGUCACGUGAAACAAAUGGAGUACAUCUGUGAUGUUUGUUCGAAGGGUUUCUAUAUGCGAUCGGCUUUCGUUACCCACCGUAAGACGCACGAAGUUCCGGCCGAAGAACUACGCAAGCAAUGUCCGGUUUGCUCGAAAUGGUGCAAAAACCACGACUACUGGCGGGUUCACGUGCGUCGGCACAAAAACGAAGGCAAAAUCAGCUGUGAUUUGUGCGGUCACGUAUCGCCGAACCUGAUGGCACUGAAGGGACACAAGGCUCGCAUGCAUUCCGGGCCGCGUAUUUUCCCCUGUUCAUUGUGCGGCAAAGAGUACGCCCGGGCGAUAACGCUCAAAGAGCACGUAGCCGCGGCACACACCGGCGAUGUACUGUACACGUGCCCCCAUUGUGAGAAAACAUUCAACUCGAGCGCCAACAUGCACUCGCAUCGAAAGAAGAUGCACCCGAAGGAGUGGCUUGAGCAGCGGCUGGCCAAGUACGGCAGUCAAACCGGGACGGCAACGAGCAGUGGGCAAGGGAAUGUGACGCUAGGAAUCGGUGACAAUAGCCAAUUGGAAGCACAAAAGUGAAAUGAACGAUGAGUGUAACGUAGGACUGGUUAUUAUUAAAUAUUGACUAAAACAGUAAUCUAAUACUGUUUAGAAAGUUGAA